CAAUGCCGACGUAAGUUUUCCGUGCACCAUACGUGGGAACUGCGCGGGAAGCUUGUUUUUGGUUACAUAACGCUCAGUGUUUUAUUGAAUAAUUGCAUGGCAAUUAAACACAAACAGGAUCCACAAUGUCGGCUACGACUUCUCGGAAAACGAAGACAGCCGAAGAGCAAGUGAAGUUAGAUCGCAUCUUCAACUUCAGGCGCGUGGAUGAUCACGGGCAUCUCUACCGGUCUGCCAGGCAGGAUGCCGCCUCGCCGGCCGACAUCCAGCAUUUACACAACCUAGGCAUCCGUACCUACCUCGAUCUCCGCACUGGAAUCGAGUACCACAAUAGCCUGGGUCACAGAAAGAAGCCUAUCGACGACCACGUGCAGGUCCUGGAGCCAGUCUUACCAAAUGCCGAUGUGACGCCUUACCCCACCACUGACUCCAUCCCAAUGAAGGGUAUUAAUGUAAAAUCCCUGCAGCUUGACGGGCUACCCAUGACGAAGCCAAGGCGAUACCUCAUCAACAUGUUUCCUAAGCCCAUGAUCCUCGCUGUGUUCAACUCGGUGUCUCUACUCAGGCGCCUGUUGUCUCUGGUGGUGCUCAUCGUAGACGUCAUCCUGGGUAACCACUACAAAUAUUUCGUCCGUUGCUUCUCCAAGGAGAUCAGUAGCAUUGGUUUGGUGGGGAGGUACGUCAGUAUACUGGAACACGGAGGCAGACAGUUGUGCUUCAUUCUACACACGCUGACCGACCCGGAGAAUCUCCCCGCACUGAUAUGCUGCGCUCACGGCAAAGAUCGGACUGGUCUCGUGACGGCUAUGGUGCUUACUUUACUGGGCAAGUCAGACGAGUACAUAGCCCAGGACUACGCCCGUUCAGAGGAAGGCUUAAGACAUAUCCAGGAAUCAGUCAGAGAGGAGACAUCACUGAAGUACAACGUGGAUGACUCAUUCGCUUGGGCUAAGAAAGAGACUAUGAUGGAAGUACUUCGCAUACUCAGGGAAAGAUAUGGGUCAGUGGAGGACUUUCUGGAAUCGAGAGGAUUCACCAAGGAGGACCAAAAAAAACUAUGUCAUGUCUUAUCUUAGAA